UCACGGCGUGGAGGGCGGGCUGACGUCAGGGAGGGUGGAGGCCCGCCGGCGGACGGUGCGCAGCGCGCCUGCGCGGGAGGAGCCCCAAGAUGGCGGCGCCCGUAGGCGGCGGUUGGUGUUGUUCAAAAAGCUGGAAAUAGAGAGAGAGAGACAGAGACGGGACUCCCUCCGUGUCCAGGGCCCUUCUCCCCAUGAGCGGGGGAUUCCCACACACACCCUCGGCCCCAUGGGGAAUCGGGCGGCGGCCGAGCGCCGGCGGCGCCUCCUCCACAAUCCCGGCGGCUUCGAGCGGCUGCACCGGCGGUGCAAAGAUGUUUUCCCACAACAAAUUGAAGGUGUCAAGCUGGUCAUCAACAAAAACCUCAGCCAACACUUUCAGGCUGCUCACACCAUCCACAUGAGCUCGACAUCACCGCAUUACCACUUCAACGCAACGUACUCGGGGACUCAGCAGGCGGGUCCUGGCGAAAGCUUCCCGCUGCUGGUGGGUGAAAUGGAUAGUUCCGGAAGCUUAAAUGCGCAGUGCGUCCUCCUGCUGGCCGCGAGGAUCCGCGCGAAAGCAGCGUUUCAGGUCUGGCAACCUCCUGUCAGGAGGUCUCUCACAGAGCAUCACGUUCCUUCAAGUAACCGGCGUUCGCCAACCCCGUACCCCCCCACCCCAUCCAAUCCCUUACCAGCCCUCAAUCUUUAGAAUGGCAACACAUUGGUAG